AUGGCGCCCAGCACGACGAUCGAUGAGGCCAAGGCUGCGAGCAAGCGCAAGCGGGACGCCGAAGAACUCGGCAGGAGUAAACGAGCGAAGCGAGACAAGCAGAAGUUGAAGAACAGGGAGUCGACUGGCUCACACCGCGAGAGCUCUCCCCAGCCUGAGCCCCUGGACUACCAGGAAGCCGCUCCAGGGACCCCUCUAGUCGAAACCCGGAUCCUCGAAGUCAAGUCAGAGCAGCGGAAGAAGGCAAAGAAGCAGACCAAGAGCCAAGAUGCCUCCCCGUGGACGCUGUCCCAACCCAUGGGAGGAAGAAUGCUGGAUAUUGACCCCAUCCUUACCAGCAACGACAAGUAUCUGAUUCUCGCAUACACCACCUCUGUCCAAGUAUACUCUGCUGCCGACUCUCUUCUUAUCCGCAAGAUACCACUGCCGCUAGUCGCCAAGAACACCGAGAACAUCGUCGGUUUCUCUCUGUCCCCGACCUCGCCAGAUCUCCUCUGGAUCGCCUCAUCCACUGGCCGACUGUGGCAGGGCAACUGGACCACCGGCCAGGGCUUUGACGCACCUGUUCAGCUCGACUGCUCAAUGCUCAAGGAUUUUACUGUGCAGUCCGUGGUGAUCAACAAGCGACCUACGGAUGUGCCUUUCGUCUCCGGCCUCGCGAACGACACCUGGCAUAUCUGGGCUUGCCAUGUUCAGGACAAGGAGCUGAAGAAGCAGAGACCGCUGCUCUCUCGCGAGGACGUUAUUGAAAACCUGCGCUCCAUCGACAACGGCCGAGCUCUCGCCGCUUCUUCGAGGAGAGACAUCAUUCUCGGCUCGCUUCAGACGACCUUCUGUGGCUCCAUCAAGGACCUUGCUUACGAGUUCUUCAUACUCGAUUGCGCCGACGAAAUAACCUCCCUCGACCUACGCGGCGCUGAGCGUGUCCACCUGAACCGCAAGUCACAACUUCGCGCUGGUGAUGAGGCUGUACUCGAUCUCGUGGUCGGAUGCGCACGCGGAGCAAUCUACUUCUACAAUGACCUUUUGCCUCAGUUGCAAUAUCUGCAGAAGGCUGGUGGCAAGAACUACACCUUACAGCCUAGGAAAUACCACUGGCACCGCAAGGCUGUGCACGCCGUCAAGUGGUCGCAAGAUGGUAACUACAUCAUCUCCGGUGGCUCCGAAUCGGUUUUGGUUUCGUGGCAAUUGGAUACAGGGAAGAUCGACGUGCUUCCUCAUUUGACCGCCACUAUUGAGAACAUUGUCAUCUCUAGCCGCGGUUCUAAUUAUGUCAUUCAUCUGGACGAUAAUUCGACCAUGAUUAUGUCUACAGCGGAGAUGAAGCCUACCACUUAUGUCUCUGGCAUCCAGUCACUUGUUGCCCCGCCGCCGCCAUCGAAGGACAAUUUUGUCAAAAGAAUCGGUCAAGUCCAAGACCGAACCAUACUCUCAAAGAUUCCUGCAGCUAUCGACCCAAAGAAUGCUACGCGCUUACAGGUAUGCGUCGGCAAUGGACAGCAGACUAGCCAUUCUGGAGAUGCAGCAUCUACACCACUGCUGCAGACUCUAGAUCUCAGCACCGUUCAAGGUAUUGCGAAACAGGCGAUGACUCGAACGCAUCCCACCGACGUCAACGCAACAUCAAAGGGCUACCCAAUCACAGAGCCCAGGGUGACCCACAUGGCAUAUUCACAUGAUGCGAAGUGGUUUGCUACUGUGGACGAGUGGCAGCCUCCUGCGCGGGACACUGAGGUCUUGGACUCAUCCGCGGAUAGGCGCGAGGUAUACCUAAAAUUCUGGACCACCCCAAGCGAAGGCCAGACGUUGGAGCUCGUGUCCCGCGUCAACGCCCCCCACUACACCGGUCGGGAUGAACGUGUCCUUGAUCUGGCCGCCGAUCCAACGUCUCAUACCUUUGCCACCAUCGGCGAGGAUGGUGUGGUGAGAUUAUGGAAACCCGCCAUCAGGCAGCGUGAUGGCAUCGUUGUCAAGAGCAGAACGGGCAAGGCAAUGGAGAGCUGGGCCUGUGUUUCUGCGAUCCAUCUUCAGGAGAACAAAGCCCUCGCGGACUCGCAAGUCGUAUUGGGCAGAUCUUCACCCCAGCGGAGUGGUGCAUUGUCGUUUUCCGAAGACGGCUCUAUGCUAGCCUGCGCUUUCCAGAACGGCCCCGAGUCUGCGACCUACCUUGUCGAUGUUGAGUCUGGUAGCGUUGUGGAUUCGCUCGAUGGUCUUAUCAGCGGAUCAGUCCAGAGUCUUCGGGUACUGUCGACGCAAGUCAUCGUCUUGUCUCAGGUGCUCGUUGUAUACAACAUUGUUCAAGACGAGUUGACGUACGGUAUCAACCUGAGUCCGGAUGGUGCGGCGGCAGCGAUUCAAUCUCUGUCGCAGCUUGAGGUGGACUACCCAUCGCGUAGCUUUGCGAUCACUGUUUCGCGCGCCAACAGGCAUGAGGUGGUCAAGUCCGAGGUGGCCGUAUUCAACUUCGACGGUUGUGAGCCGGAAUUUGUUCAUCAAUUCUCACACCCCGUGGUAUCAUUGAUUACUUCCCCUGGUUCCAGCGGAUAUCUUGUCCUGGAUUCCUCGGCCCAGGUCUGGUCCCUCAGCCAGAGCGCAGAUACAAACUCUGUGGCCGUAGCUCAACCUUUGGCUGAUAUCAACCUUGACAAAGAGCCCGCGAAUGCCAUUGAAAAUGGUGUUCUCGCCUUCGUCAACGAGACAGACGAGGUUGCCAGCGAUGAUGAGAUGGAGGUGGAUGCUCCAGAAGAUGUAGCAAUGGAGGGUGAAGAAUACCCUGUCGUGGUUCCCCCUCAAAAGCUCGCAGAACUAUUCGACUCGGCACCGCCAUUCGCCAUGCCACCCAUCGAAGACAUGUUCUACCAAGUCACCAAGCUCUUCACCUCAAAGUCCAGCCCGGCUGAGGCGGCGUGA